AUGGGGAAGCCCGACGCGCCCCCGCAAUGGACGGGAAAGUCCAUCCGCAAGCUGUCACUGCACAGACGCCGCGUGAACCCUAUGAAUCUAGGCUACGGCUUGGAGCACAUUCCCUUCCUGUUUCUCUACGCGAACUCCCUGUACCAUUGCUUCCUGACUGCUGGCGAACCUUACGCUCAGGCCAUAAGGGAGUUAGAGGAUCAAGGAUUAGCCGUCCCUGGCUCCGUGGACGUCACUACCCCGGGGGAGGACGGAGGUCUGGCCGCCGCCAUGUUGUCGCAGGGAAGUGUGCGUGAAGCUGCUUCAGCCGCACCCACGAUCAAUUACACGGCCAUGUUGGAGCAGGAAAGAGAGGGUCCUCCACUUCCCAACCCUUUCUUGCCUGGCAUCGUGCCUCUGCUCUACCUUCUAGGCACCGUCAUGACCCACGGUCUCAUGCUACUAUUCCAGAUAUGGUCUGUGCGUGUCAAGGCGUUCAUCAAGUACACUCCCGUGGCUUCUCUGGACGAUGCGACGUUUGUGAUGGUGGUGCCUCGCUCCUUCAAGGGCAAGAGCAGCAUCGUGGAGAUCAUCCGCCCCAAGCACGUCGAUGGAUCAUCCGCUGGACGUCCCUAUUUCCUGUUCCAGAAGCACAAGUACGUCGCUGAAGACGAAGCAGGUGACAAAGGAGGCGUCUUGUUUCGUAAGCUGAAGGCGCCGACUACUGAAAUAGUGAAAUUUUACUUGGAGUCUCGUGGUCUGAGCUCUGAGCGUGAGAUCGAGGCCCAGCUGGACCUGUACGGCAAGAACGAGUUCAGUAUUCCUCAGCCAAACUUCGUCGACAUGUUCAAGCAGCAGCUGUUGGAGCCGCUUACUGUGUUCCAGAUCUUCAGUGUGUGUCUUUACAUGCUCGAUGAGUAUUGGCAGUACUCGCUGUUCACGCUCGCUAUGAUCCUCAUGUUCGAGGGCGUCACGGUAAUGAGUCGUCUCAAGAACCUGCAGACGUUACGUGGUAUGGGCAACAAGGCGCGGGAGAUCUACGUGUACCGCGAGAAAACGUGGAAGAAGCUGGGCUCCGACCUGCUGGUGCCCGGUGAUGUUAUUUCAGUGAAGCGUGAGACGGACGGCGAACAUGACAACAUGGUGCCAUGUGACUGCUUGCUGUUGGACGGCUCUGCUGUGCUGAAUGAAGCUACGCUGACGGGUGAAAGUGUGCCGCAGAUGAAGGAGGCUAUCGGCACCAAAAUGAGCCCCCAGGACCUUGCGGAACAGCUCGACAUGAAGUCUGGACACAAGGUACACGUGCUUUUCGGUGGAACGACCGUGAUGCAGGCGGGUUCGUCAAGCGAAGGCUCUAGUACCGCUGCUAUUCAAAAAAUCCCGCAUGCUCCUGAUGCGGGAUGCACGGCGUACGUGCUGCGUACGGGUUUUAGCUCCUCGCAGGGUAAACUGGUGCGCAUGAUCGAGUUCUCGAGCGGCAAAGUCACGGGAAGCUCGUGGGACGCCUAUGGCUUGGCGUUUUUGCUGCUAAUCUUCGCUCUGCUGUCGUCGGGCUACGUGCUGCGUCACGGUAUUGCACAGAAGGGGAAGAUCACGUUCGAACUGCUGCUGCGUUGUGUGCUCAUCAUCACUAGUGUGAUCCCAGCUGAACUGCCGAUGCAGACAGCGAUGGCGGUGAACUCGGCGCUGCUGAACUUGGUGAAGCUGUCGAUCUUCUGUACCGAGCCGUUCCGCAUCUCGUUGGCUGGCAAGGUAGAUAUUUGUCUGUUCGAUAAAACCGGCACGCUGACGACGGACCAGCUUACAGCUGUUGGUGUGGUCUGUGAGGACACUACGACGUCCACUUCUGCUGCUCCCAAGGACAAUGUCCUCGGUCAUGUACCGAUGAUUGCAGCGAACUUGGACGCCACGCUGGUUCUUGCUGGUUGCCAGUCGCUAGUGCAGAUUGACGGCAAGAUGGUCGGCGAUCCGGUGGAAGAGGCUUCGAUCCGAGCCAUCGACUUCUCGUACGACGCUGCCACUCGUCAUUGCCAAGCGAAGAAGGACCUGGAGCGUGCGAGCGAACGUCGCUGGGGCCAGGGAAUCAAUCAGAAGGAUGUGUUCGUGCAGAUCAUGCACCGUAACCACUUUGCGUCCAAGUUGCAGCGCAUGAGUGUGGUGGCAAAGGUGCAUUUGGGCGACAAAGGUGUGCGUGUACGAUCGCUGGUGAAGGGAAGCCCCGAGGCUGUCGCCAAGCUGAUGCGUCCGGAUGCUAUUCCUGCGUGGUUCUGGCCCACGUACCAGAGUCUUGCGCGUCGCGGAAUGCGUGUGCUUGCGCUCGCGUACAAGGACAUUAACGGGCGGCCGUCGGAGGCUGAGGUGGCCCAACAGCCUCGUUCUUGGGCCGAAAGCGACCUACAUUUCGCUGGCUUUGCAGUGUUCCAGUGUCUGGUUCGUAAGGAUAGUGGCGAUAUCCUGAAGGUGCUGAAGGACAGCUCGCACCAGGUUUCGAUGAUCACGGGAGAUGCCACACUGACGGCUGUGCAUGUGUCUAAGGAGGUUGGCAUUAUCACGCGUCCAGCUCUGAUUCUAAGCGAGAGUUCGUCGCCUAGUGACCCUCUCAAGUGGACAAGUGCUGACGAUGACUCGGUGCUGGCGCCGUACAAGAGUGGCGACUUGAAGAUCCUAGUCAAGAAGUACGAUUUGUGUGUGAAUGGCAAGACGCUCGCUGCUGCGGGAGAAGUGGACGACGUGAUCUGGAAGAACUUGAACCACAUUCGUGUGUACGCUCGCAUGACGCCGGAACUCAAGGAGAAGGUGCUGACGUUGCUGAAGACUCACGGCCACCACACGCUUAUGUGUGGUGACGGUGGUAACGACGUGGGUGCGUUGAAGCAGGCUCACAUUGGUGUAGCGUUGUUGGGUGGAUUUGGAUCAGCUAAUGCUGACAAGAGUGUGACGGGAUUGGCGAAGUAUCAGAAGGGCAACGUGGCGACUGUCAGCACACGUGAAGACCUGAUGAAGCUGCACGUGUCGGCGUUGAAAAAGCGUCUGGCGCAGCAGAAUGUGAACACGGCACAGUGCAAGGUGAAGCAGGACUAUGUGGAGCUGAUUCUGAGUGAGCAAAAGAAGAAAGCGAUCGCGACGAUCAAGAAGAAACAGCAGGCGUUGGCGAAGAAGAACCCGAAGCUCAAGGUCCUUACUAAGGAAGAACAAAUGGCUGAGAUGAGAAGGAAACAGGAAGAUUUGGAGGCCGAUGUGCGUGCCCGUCAGGCUCGUGGCGAAUCGUUCGCGCGGAUGAAGGCAAUCGCGGCGUUUGCCAAGCGUGAGGCCGAAGAGAAGAAGAAACUGCAGAUGGAACGUACAGGCUCCAAGGGCUUUGCUAACUUCGCCAACAACGCAGCGAUGGCGCAGUACAUGGACGACUUUGACGACGGUGAAGUGCCCAUGGUGAAGCUUGGAGACGCGUCGAUCGCUUCGCCUUUCACUUCGCGCGCUCCGUCUAUCAAGGGCUGCGUCGACAUCAUUCGUCAGGGUCGCUGUGCUCUUGUGACGACCAUGCAAAUGUACCAGAUCUUGGCUGUCAACUGCCUCAUCAGCUCGUAUUCGCUCUCCGUGCUGUAUCUCGACAAGGUCAAGUGGGCCAACUCGCAGAUGAUGGCGUUGGGUAUGAUCUCGACCGUCGCUAGUAUCACACUGAGUCGUGCUACUCCACUCGACAAGCUGUCGCCCGUGCGUCCUCUGACGUCCAUCUUCCAGCCCGCGUUGUUCGUGAGUCUCGCUGGCCAGUUCGCGCUGCACUUGGGCUGUAUGAUCUACCUCACCAACCUGGCUAAAGAGUACACACCUGAAGGUGACGUCGCGCACUCGAAGCCGGGCGAGUUCCAACCCAACGUCAUGAGUACCGUCAUCUUCCUUAUCAACGGCGUGCAGACAGUCAGUGUGUGUGCUGUGAACUACAAGGGCCGACCGUUUAUGAAGCCCAUGACGGAGAACCCGGGGCUGCUCUACUCGCUGGGCAUCAGUAUCGUCGGCGUCUUCUUGCUGUGCACGGAGCGGAUGCCCAUGUUCAACAAGGUGCUGCAGAUUGUGCCCAUGCCGGACCCGCGCUUCACGCGUAUCCUGACCGGACUGCUUACUCUUGAAGUGCUCGGAGCUUUCGCGUGGGACCAGCUCUGUCUGCUCGUGUUCGCGCCCAAGAUCUUCAUCGCUUCGAUGCGUGCUCUAACGUUCAAGGACGUUCGUCAGCUCCUGAAGAUGACAGUCGUGUCGCUGAUCAUCAUCUACGUCCUGGCCAACAUCGAUUACGAAGAGAUCGAGCGUCAGCAACAACUUCUCGAGGAACAACGUGCUGCUACCGAGGAGAUCAGUAGUUAG